UCCAUUUAACUGAUCAGGAUAUAGGGCCCACAGCAAGUGUUACCAGCAAAUAAGGGAUGCUUACUUACUCCUCCUGGGAACCUGAUGUGUCUCGUCUCCGGUGCCCGGGAGUAGAAAAUAUUUUGGACAAACGCAUUGUUAACGAACAGGUUCAUAAUUUAAUUCGAUGGAAAGGGUUUGGCUCAGACUGGGACACAUGGGAACCUGUAGAUAAUUUGGUGGAUUGCCUAAAGCUUGUUCUGGACUUUGAAGACAAAAUUGAACAGUCCAGUGAACUUUAUUCAGCUCUUGAAGCUGCUUCAAGAAGAAUUCUGACCCAGAGUCCAAAGAAAGAUGACAUGGCAAAAAGCAAGGCUUCAGAAAAAACUCCAUCUGUAGACAAAUCUUCAGCACCAAAAAACAACAUGCUCUCCAAGAACAAAUUUUGUCCUAAAACAAAAGAGAGUCCAUAUAAAGUUUCUCUUUCAAGCGUUAAGGGAAUCAAGGACGAACAGAUUCGGAAGAAGCUUGCAAGGGAAAAGGGAAAGCUUUUCAUUGAUAUGAAUGAAAAAACAUUUACUCCAUCAAAAGCUGAAAGUGUUCAAAGCUCUAAGGAUCAGGAGAGUUCUAAAACAGCAAGAACGACUUGCUUAGAACAUGCAGAAAGUCAGAAAUCUCCAAAGAAGGAUUGUAGUCCAAAGUCACCAAGAAAGAAAGAAAACAGUGUUUCACCAAAGAAAGAUACAGAUGAUAGAAUGAAAACAGUUCAUGUCAACACCGAAAGUUUCGGGAAAAAUGUAACAUCCGAGAAAAAGGAUCUGUCUCUGUCAAAAGAUGGAACAGAAAAACCUGUCAAAGUUCACGAUAAAACAAUGAAAAAUAAAAGUUCACCCAAUGAAAAGAAAAAGAUUAUUAAUACAAAUUCACCAGAGAAAUUUCCAAAAGGUGAUAUAAAGUAUAAAAAAUCUGUAAAAUAUGCCAUGAAAGUGAAACUAAAGCCAACAGUAAAAGUGAAAAAGGAAAGUGAAAAAUCAGUGAGCAAAAAGAAAAAAGACAAAGAGGAGGUUAGAAAACAUGUUAAAAAGAAAGCUACAAAAGAUGACAAAAUAUCUGCAUGGAGUUCGGGGGCAAAACAUAAAGUUCAUAGAACAGAAUCAGGAAAAGCUCAAAAGAUUGUCAAGUCAGCAAAGGACAGAAGUGAGGGAGGAACACCAAAGAAUAACAAAUCCAACAAACGUAAAGCAGAGGCAGACUUCUGCAUUAUUGAGAGUUCCACAUCCGAUACUGAUGAUGAACCAUUGUUUAAUAUGAAAGUCAAGAAAUUGAAGAAAAGCAGCAGUGAAUCUCCAUUAAGCAAGAAAAGGGAUGGAAAGAAAAUUUCACCCAAGUCUAAAUCUGGUCAAAACAACAACAACCACUCAGGCAAAGUCAAGUCGAAACAAAUGACUCUACAUGAAGUGAAAAGGAAGUUGGAAGUUCGUGUUCAGCCACUUGGGUCCUCACCCAAAUCCAAAAAGAUAAGACUUAUUGAUAGCAAAAAGGACAAAGAAAUGGCUAAAGUUCGACCUGUUUCACCAAGUACAUCAUACACCACAGUCAAACCAGUAACUAUUAGUGGAGUGGGGGUAGUGAACCUAGUAGUGGAUGGGGAACGUGCCACACCCCUUUGUGGAGAUGUACCAGGGAACCAGUACCUCCCCUCAGUGAUCCCAGUAAGUCCCUCCUCGGUCUCAUACAAGUCUCUGUUGGACAACAUGCCACUAUCUCUUCUUGCUAAGAAAAGUGGGGGAAAGAAGAAGGACAGCGAAGAUACGUCUGAAGAUGAUCAGGAGAAAGUGGAAAGGCGGAUCAGUAUACGUCAAAGUGAAUGUGCUUACAGAUACAAGGACAUUGUUGUGAGGAAGUGUCAGAGAUACUCACAGAUCUGGCUUAACACUCACACCAAGAUUAAAAAUGUUCUGAAUCCACAGGUUAUUCAGGAAAUCCUCCAGGCCUUGAAUUCUGCUAAGUAUGAUGAUAGUAGCUUGAUUCUGUUCAGUGGAUUGGGAAAUGUGUUUUGCAAUGGGGUGGACCUGAUGUUCUUGUUGUCUGGUGAACGGAGAGUGGUGGUUCGACAAAUGGUGGAUGCUCUAAGGGAUUUCACCAAGGCUCUCAUCACUUUUCCCAAGCCAGUGAUAGCUGUGGUGAAUGGUCCAGCUGUGGGCCUGGGAAUGGCCAUGCUUCCCUUGUGUGACAUUGUGUACGCCAGUGACAAGGCUACCUUUUAUCUCCCUUACUCCUCACUGUCUCAGACCCCAGAGGGCUGUGCCUCUUACACCCUACCUCAGUCGGUAGGGAUGGCUAUGGCAAACGAACUCCUGUUGGGUGGCAGAAAAGUUACGGCUAUUGAGGCUUGUCAGUUAGGGCUGGUAUCUCAAGUUUUCUGGCCAACUUCCAUGAUGCAAGAGGUCAUUCCUAAGAUUCAGAACAUUGCACUCAACUCAGCAAAGGCUCUAGAAACCACCAAGUUACUUCUGCGAAGCCACCAAAGAACCAAACUGGAGCUGACGUGUGAGUCAGAGAGUAACAUCCUGCUGGAGCGCUGGCAGUCUUCCGAGUGUCAGAAGUCUAUUCAGGCAUUCCUCAACAAGGAAGAAAUCUACAGCACUUAAGGCAGUGUGUAAACAGGGCUCCAUCAAGGAAGUCAUUAACAAGAUCUCACCAAUCAGGAUAUACAUGUAAUAGAUUGUAGAUAAAAGUGCAGCAAGUUUGUUAUAGUUUUAGUGUAAUGUGAUGUCUUUGUUACAAAUGGCAAGCAGAAUUUACAUCCUUCUUGUUCAGGAUGUAAGAAUAAUUUGACUUUGAUAACAGUUCUAGGUUCUAGAAUCAUUUAUAUCCUUUAUAUUGUACAGCUAAAUUUACACGUCUACAACAUUAACAGUUGAAACCUACAAUGUACUAAAUACAUGUGGUAACCUUCAAAAUUAUAACACUAUUGAAAGCAAAUCAGUAUCUCUUUAUGAUAAUAGUGCAUAUGGAAAAAUUUUCUUUCAUUAGGUUUUGGAAAGCCUGUCAGACUGUCAAUGAGCAUUCUUCACUUGGUGAAGUGUUUUCGGUACAUUGUAAGUUCUGCAUAAAACAUUCGUAUACUGUAUGUCUGCAAUGUGUCUUGCAAUUGAAAUAUGUUAAUUGUAUGAUGAUUUACCACUUCAGGGAAUAUAAUCCUGUGAAAUAGUUUUUUCAGGGAAAUGUAGAUAUCCAUUUACACAUGAGAAAGUAAAUUUAUUUUGCUCUCCAGGAUUGUUAAAACACACUACAUCUCCACUUCACAGUUUUUGGAAGAAGAGAGGUUUUGCUGUUUUUAGCCGUUUUUAAAGUUAUUGUUAAACAAGUUUUUUCUUGGCACUUAUUCCUGUUCUUGGUGUGAAACAGUGCUUUGAGUUUUAAUGUAGACAUCCUUAAACAUAUUUGUAAAUAUGUGUUGUGUAGGUUUUAUUGAGUGUCUGUGAUAUAUUGUAAAUUUACUGUUUAAUGAAACACAGAUUUGUUAAAUAUGUGCUCUCUGGAAAAUGUAUUACACUGAUUUUUAUCUCAGCAGAGCCAAAGGCUCAUUGGGUUUUUCUGAUCAAAAUUUGUUCAGCGUAUGUUGUCGUUGUUAACUAUCACAUUUUCAUCUUCUCCACAACAAAUGGGCAAUCAAACUUGGCACCAAUCAUCCUUGAGUACGGGGGAUAAUGAAGGUCCAUGCUUCCUUCAAAGGAGACAUAAGCAAGAAAAGACCAAAUCCAUAAAAAAAUCAUUGUAUUUUCCUUAAAGUAAAUUUAUCAAAUUUUGAAGUCUUUGAAAACUAUUUUUUCUUUCUUUUUUUAAUACCAUAGUAUAUUUUUCAAUAUUGUUUGCUAAAUUAUUGUACAUUUUGUAUGCAUGUACCUCAUGAGUACUUUAUUGUUGCAAUCACCAUUCAAUAUCAAAUUAUAAAGACUUAUGAUGGCAAGUGCUUUACUCUGAAGAACUUAAUUCUAAAUCAAUUAAAACAACAUCUCUGACCUCUUGCAGAUUAAUGCAAUUAUUGAUUACAUGUAUUUUCAUAUUUACAUGUAUUUUCAUUUAAUAAGGAAUUUACAGUAUUGAAGAACCAAUUUUGGUGUGACACGUACAUGAUGAAUUACAAAUAUUUCUUACAUAUUUCACAAUCCAGAGCAUUCAAAAGCUGUCGAUAUUUGAAAUAAUCCCUUUCUGGAAACUUGUUGGGUGGUGUGAGAAUAUUGCUAUUGUAAAAAAAAACUAAAUGCUUCCAAUUUAUUCUAUUCUUUUGUUUCUUACCUAUUUAUCAUUGGAUGUACAUGUAUAUAUGUAUUAUUAAUACAUUUAAGUGAAUUCUUCACUGAUGUGUACAUGGUUAUAAUAGGCAGUUAGUAUUGCAUCUAUCCAUUGUCCAUAACGACUGCCGAGUGUCUGAAGUGAUGUUGUAAAUGCACUAAAUUAAUAGUGGUGCAAAUGAGAUUUCAUGACUUCAGUGUAAAAUAUCAAUAUAGCAAUGUGUAUGUAAAAUAUAUAUAUACUCUGCCAAUCAGCUUUUAAUAAGGAUACAUUGUAUUAAUAUGGAUACAUUGUAGACCAUUGUAGUUUCUUCUUGGUUGUCAUUUCCUUCUGGUUUAACAGAGAUAUUGCACAAUUAAGAGAAAACAUUUCAGUUUAUAGUAGUCCUGGAUUGAAAUGUGCUUCAUACAUACUGGCAGCAAAUACAUUACUUUAAAUAUCACAGCCGAUUGUACCUUGUGUAUAUGCAGUUUUCCCACAAUGAAAAGGUUUUGUACACUAGGUACUCUGAACAGGUAGUCUUCAGUUUACUUCAUUACAUAUUAUAGAACAUGUGAUACAGAAAUUUUUAUCUUGCCUAUUUAUUCCUAAUUAUUUUUAAGGUCUGAAAAUCCAUUGUAACAAAUCAAAGUUAUAUGACAUUUCAUUUUGCGUUGUUUAGGGAACUGUAUAAUGUGGUGGCAUAUUUUCCAACAUGCAAUAUAUUUAUGUUUUGAGUGUUUCUCAGCUGUAUAUUUUUUUUAGUAUCAAAAAAAAAAAAUAAUGGAGGAUGAUCAUUUCAGCAUGUAUAUAGAAUGUUAAAACAGUAUUAGCUUUAGUUCUCAUUUUAGCAAGUAUACAUGUAAUUUAUUUUUGCCCUCACAUUUUUAUGCAGUUAAAACUGUCCCAUCAUGUGGAUAGGUACUUCAGUUUUCCAUAUGGAUGUGCGUUUGUUGUAUAAUACAGUUAUUUAUAGUGUACAAGAACUUAAAACUAGACAUUGUUGAUAAUUUAUUGAGUUAAUUAUUUCCUCCCAUUAAUAUGUGACUUCCUUUCAAAAUUAUUAAAAAAUUUGAAAAAUU